AUGCAGAAUGCGCCACAAGUGGCAUCCCAUUUGGGGGCCCUGGUGCAGUUGCUGCUGCUGCGAAGUGCCGCCUUUCCACCGGACGACUUCAAGGCGACUCUGCAAAGACUGCAGGCUGCCUUCGUCCGGUGGAGUGGAGCUGAGACACCCAGUUCACCGACUUCACCGACUUCACCGAGCAAAGAGCCGAAAGUGCCGACAAAACCGAGAGAGUCGAAUCUUCCUGGUGAAUUGGCGGCACAGAGCUGCGAGUGUCUGGUCCGAGCCUUGCGGCUUUUGAACAACUCAGACCUGGUUUGGCCAUCGAAAAUCGUUUGUAGCGCAUGCUGCUUCUUGGCAUUGGCCUGUGCACUUCGAGCCUUCCGCGGUGCCAGAGACGUUCUGGUGCCGGGCCAGGUGGUUACCAUCUUUGGACUGCAGAGUUCUGCUGGGACAUAUCUCAAUGGAGUCAAAGGGCAGGUUCAGAGAUUCCAUGCAGAGACUGGCCGCUUUAUGGUGUCGCUGAAGAACGGAGAUCCUCCAGCCGAGUGGAAGAAAUUUAGGCCUCACAAUUUGCAGCCGGACUGCCCUUCGCCGUCUGCAUCUUUGGCCUUUCAAGGUGCCAAGGAAUGUGGGAGAGCGUGCUUGGAAGCCGUGGCAGAAAUUUUUGAUGACCUGCUGCUGACGAUGCACGAAGAGGACAGCGACGAGGUGCACAUCCGAGUCCUUCACGCCCAACUGGCAUCGACCAUGUGGGAAGCGUUGGUUUGCUGUGCAGAUCGUGAGAUGCUGGAAGCUUCUGCUUUGCUGGAUCUUUGUUCGGAUGACGUGACGCUCUGCGCGGUGGUCGCGCGGCACGUCUUUUCGGUUCAUCUUACGGUGCACGCUUCCAGUGAAGGGUCAGAUCAAAGUCAAACGGUCAAUAGACUACUGGCCGUGCAAGAAAGCUUCACAAAAGCCUAUUGCAGGUUGUACCAGCCUGGCGCGUUGUGGGGUCCAAACUCGGAGACAGAUGGAAGCAUCAAGGAAUUGCAGGCCAGUCUACAAGAGCACAUCUUGCGCUUGGCUGGUGCAGCAGUUCAGAUGGGUGUACUUCCCCAGCUCAUCGACUGCUGUGACUUUCACCUUUGCUGGGCCAAUGCCGGGAUCGGACCUGGCAUUUGUCCAGUGCCAUUGGUGCUGCCGGUGCUCUUGUCUCGGUUGGUUUGCACUCUGGCCACCAAUGGAGAUUCCAUGGUACGCCGCCAUAUACUGAUGCUGGUUCCAGCCUUCCUGGCCAUUGCAGAUACCUUUGCAGAGCUAGUGAUAGCUCGCUUACAGGCUCAGGCAGCAAAUUCAGCAGAUCUUCUGACCGCCUCCCAAGCUGUGUUGGAUGCCACAAUAGCAGCCGUAGGGCUUGGUCUGCAAGAGGAGUCCAGAGAAAGUGUUGAGGCACUGGCACUGCAGUUCCUCCAAGAUUCCCGGAUCACCGCUGAUGCGGCGUUGUUGUCUCGAUUGGCCCUGGCUUUGCUAGGGGCUUCUCGUGAGGCAGAACCCAUCCGCCAAGGCUUCGCGGAGUUGACAGAUACACAGAAGGCAAGCUUUUGGCAGCAAGCGCGAGCGCGUUGCCACCUCUUGAACUGCUCGUUUGAAGAUGUCCAGGGCGUCCUGCAGGAUUACUGUGGAGCCCCACAGCCUCUGCCACCCUUCGAAAAUUCUGCGGAAGUGAUUCCAGAAGGUGAAUGUUCCUUGGGAGAUCCAGGCGAGAUCUUUGAGGUGAAUGGCACCAACGGUGAAUUUCCUGAGCCCGUGUCGGCCAUGGCUACAGUUGAGGAGGCCAUGAAUUUGCACCAUACGCAGCCGGUGGAGGAUCCCGCACCACCAAGCCUCAGUGCUCUAAACUUGCCAACCAUUCCUGGACAGAAGGCGGUGAAGAGGAAAGCAGUGAAGCGCUUGGGUCGCAAUGACAUCUCAAGCCUUCGCGGUGUCGAUCCCGCCGAGGCUCCUGAGGAAUUGCGAUGUGCAAUUGACGGCAAGUUGCUUGGGGCUCCAGUGCUGUCACCUUAUGGACAUGUCUUUGAGGAAGAUACGUUGAAGCAAUGGCUCACGACCUGUGGAAGCGUGUGUCCCAUUACGGGAAAGCCCCUACGAGAGGAGGAUUGUCGAGCUGAUGUCACCACUCAGCAGAAGGUCUUAGACUGGGUCAAAGCUGCCCGGGCAUCUUACAAAAUCAAAAAGGAGGAGAUGCAGGAGAGGCGCCGCCUGCGGCAGGCAGAGAUGGCGGAACAGGAGGACCCAGUUUGAUGGCCAAACGGUGCUUUGUGAUGCUUAGAAGACCUGAACGGGUUUGGAUUUGUACAUAUUUGUACAUACCAGGUUUGGUAGCGCUCUAGUCACUUAGUCUCCCCCAAAGUGCGGAGCUUGGCGCAGUAGCACUGCAGUUUGACCUGUUAAGCAGGGAACCGCAACAAUGGCAGAGUUGCAAAGG